AUGAAGGAGCAACAGGACCUUGGAGCAAUUCCUCGAAUUAUAUUCCACCUAUUCGUCAACUCCAGGGCUAUUUCUGAGGGGAGUACAAGCCGGGCCAACUGUCAACCUACCCACGGGACGUCUGCCUCCUGCCCAAGGAGAAACAUUCCCUCUGGAGGUCUGGGUUGCGGGUGCCCCGUUGGCCCCCGCGCCCGAGCCUCGCAGGCUUUUCGGUUGGAGCUCGAAGAGCAGGCCGCUCUGCGCCAGUGGGAGCCGCGCCCGCACCCCGCCCGGCCUGCGGGGACCGACGUGAGCCAGGACCCCGCCCCAGCGGGCCCGGGGAGCGCCAUGCAGGAAGACCUAGCGGAAGUGGAGCCCAAGGCCUCGCAGGCCGAGCCUGCCGAGGUCCCCAAGCCCUUGCAGGCCGGGGAAGCUGGGGAGGAAAACACAGGCUUGAGGACCAUUCCAGCCAGCCAGGGAGAAUUACAAGAAAAGGAAAGCAACCUGUCUCACACCUCGCCCUCCAGUACCAAGAAGGUACAAGAACAACAGAAAGAGAGUUUGGAGGGGCUUUGCGGCUUAGGCUGUGUGGUUAUUCCCCGCUGUCCGUGUUUUAACAACGUCCGCUUCUUCCUAGUUUUUUUCUGCAUCUUGGUCAUCUCUCAAGGUAUUGUGUUUGGUCUUGUAAAUCUGAGCAGCGACAGUUUUCAGGAUAAUCAUCUGACAACCAUUGAGAGUCUUGUGUUGUCAUUGAGUUACAAUAUUUCAUUUUGCCUGGUAGUUGUGUUUAUAGCAUACUGCGGAGGGAAAGGAAACAUACCAAGAUGGAUUGCAGUUUCUUCCUUUUUAGUAGGAUUUGGAUCACUUUUAUUUGCUUUUCCAUACCUUAGUGGUAGAAAUUAUCAAAUGAAUGUAGUAACUGAAGAUAUUUGCAAAGAAAUGAAGAUUGUCAACGAUUGCAAGAAAACUUCAUUAUCAUUCCUAUCAAAAGACAUGAUUUUCUUCAUCCUUGGGCAGAGUGUGCAGGGAAUAGCAGGAGUACCUCUUCGUGUCCUUGGAGUAGUCUUUAUUUGUAACAGCGUUGCCACAUACUCAGCUGGUAUUUAUCUAGGCAUUGUGGAAGCUUCAGGAAUCCUCGGAUAUGCUUUGGGUCGUGCGAUAGGAGCACUCUUAAUUAAGACCUCUGAGAAUAGUUCUUUUGAGGAAAGCGUUGAAGACUGUGAUGCCAAUGAACACUGGCUGCGGACUUGGUGGAGUCAGUUUGUUAUUAUCUCAGUUAUUGCAUGGUCUACAUUAAUACCAUUGUCACGCUUUCCACAAAGUAUACGAGGUACAGCCAGGAUAAAACCCGAGAAACAAAAGCCUCAUUUGCUGGAUGAAAAUCAAACAAAAGAUCAGGAAUUUGUACCUAGUCUCAAGGACUUAUUUGCUACUGUUGUGAUUCUCAUCAAGAGUCCUAUGUUUGUGUGCCUAUCUCUGGCCAGAGCUUCAGAAUCUUUAGUUAUUAUUGGAACAUCUGCACUUUUGCCCGUAUAUAUAGAAAGUCAUUUUAUGUUAACACCCAGUGAUGCAACUACACUUUCAAGAUUUAUUUUAAUUCUAGGAGGUGCAAUUGGCCAGUUUCUGGGAGGUAUCAUCGUUUACACGAUGCGAAUGUCUUGUAAAUGCCUUAUGAGAUUUGUGAUGGUUACAGCUGCUGUAUCACUUGUAGUGCUUGCAUUAAUAAUUUUUGUACACUGUGAUCCAAUACCGUUUGCUGGGUUCAAUGAAGAUUAUGGUGGAACAGGGCACUUGGGCAACCUGACAGCUCCUUGCAAUUCUCAUUGUAAAUGCUCAUCUUCAUUUUAUUCUUCUACAUGUGGAAGAGAUGAUAUUGUAUAUUUUUCUCCUUGCUUUGCAGGUUGUACACAUUCUAAAACAUUAAAGGAUAGCAAGGCAUAUUACAAUUGUUCUUGCAUUAAAGACGGAAUACCAACACUAGAUAAUCAAGGUGAUUUUAUUGACGCUAGACGUGGGAACUGUGAUGCAAAGUGCUAUGAAUUACCUUUGUUCGCUGCUUUUAUCUUUUCUGCGCUUGUAUAUUCUGGUCUUUCUGAUAUACCAAACAUCCUGACCAUCCUUUGGCUGACAUAA